AUGGAAGGUGGAACUAACAAUUGGUGGAUGUUUGCUAAAUGGAGUGAUGAAUAUGAACAAGGAGUCGACGAAUAUGUCAAAAGGGCUUUUGCUAUUAAGUCUCAAGGAAAUCAAAUUUGUUGUUCCUGUCAAAUUUGUCAUUAUCAUUUUUUGCCGUGUGAAGGUGUGGUGAGAGACCAUCUAAUUUGUAAUGGUUUUGUUCCAAGAUUGGAUAAGUUAUCAAAAUUAGGGUUCAAUACCCAAAGAGAAGAAACUAUUUUGGAUAAUGAUGAAUGGUCAAUCCCAAAUGACUCUAGAGAUGACGUAGUAAGGUUGUUUCAUGAUGCACAUGAUGCUUUUAGACAGGGGCCAAAUGAUGAGGCAAAAUUUUUUUUGAGGUUAGUUGAAGAAUGGCAAGAAGAAUUGUAUCCUGGUUCCAAAAAUCACUCAAAACUUUCCUUCAUGAUUCGACUUCUUAUUUUGAAGUGUGAUCAUAAUCUAACCAAUGCCGCAUUUGGAGAUAUAUUAGAGCUUAUAAGGGAGGUGUUGCUUUAUGCAAAGUUGCCAACUUCUUUCAAUGAAGCGAAAAGUGUUUUGAAAGUGUUGGGGUUGGAUUAUACAAAGAUUGAUGCAUGUCCAAACGAUUGCAUGAUAUAUUUGGAAGAGCAUGAAAAUGCAACAAGCUGCCAUGUUUGUAAAACACCAAGAUGGAAAUCAAAGGACAAAGAGGAUGACAUAGAAAAUGGUAAAGGAAAGACCUAUAGGAUUCCUCAAAAGAUUCUUAGCUUGUACAAAGAGUUUUCUGAUGACCCGUGCAAUGUGAGGCUAGGACUAGCCACAGAUGGCUUCAGCCCGUUCAACUCAAUGAGUAUUGUACAUAGCAAUGACCUUGACAUAUAUUUGCAACCACUAAUGAAGGACUUAAAGGAUUUGUGGGAGUUCGGACUGGAAACUUAUGAUGCUUCGAGUAACCAGAGUGGUAAAAAUGUGUAUAGGGAAAAUUGUAAAUUUCUACCUCCAUUUCACCCUUGGCGUCGUGAUAAGAGAAAUUUUGAUGGGAAAGUUGAGGAAAGACAUCAACCUACUCCAUUGAAUGGAAUUGAUGUAGCUAAUCUGUUGCGUGGUUUUCCAAAUGAAUUUGGAAAGAAGCAAAAGAAACCAAGGCGUGUUGUUGAUGAUCCAAAUCCGUGGAAAAAGAGGGUCAUUUUCUUCGAGUUACCAUAUUGGAAGCAUUGUCUUAAUCGUCACAACCUCGAUGCAAUGCAUAUUGAGAAAAAUGUGUUUGAUAGUGUCAUUGGGACAUUGUUAGAAAUUUCUCAAAAGACCAAGGAUCAUGUGAGUGCUCAUCGAGAUUUGGUAGAGCUUAAUUUGAUGCCGGAGCUUCAACCAAGAGAAUUGGAAGAUGGUGGUGAAGAAUUUCCAAGAUCCUGCUUUUGGAUUUCAUUGGAGCAAAAACGUAAGUUCUGCCAAGUCUUCAAAAAUGCCAAACUUCUUCAAGGAUAUGCUUCUAACAUUGGUCGAUGUGUACAAGUUGGGGAAAGGAAAAUUGCAGGCUACAAAAGCCACGAUGCACAUUUUAUGAUGAAUUAUUUGCUCCCAAUUGCAGUGAAGACAACAUUAUCCAAAGAUGUUGCUACUCCUUUGAUUAGACUUUGUGCUUUUUUUAAAAAGUACAUGGAGUAA